UACUUGGGCUUUGCCCAUUUGAAAAAUGAAAUCCGCUCAAGUUACUGCCCUCGCGACUCUGGUCGCCAGCUGUUUGCUGCUUCUGGUGCUGCCCGUACAGUCGGCACCCGGUAAGCUGAACGGUCGAGUGGUCGGCGGCGAGGACGCGGCCAAGGCGCAGUUUCCCCACCAAAUCUCCCUGAGGAACGGCGGCUCGCACAGCUGUGGCGGCUCAAUUUUGUCCAGGAACUACAUCCUAACCGCCGCCCAUUGUGUGACAAAUCAGGAUGCGAGCGGAGCUCACAUUCCCAUUGCCGCAGAGCGCUUCACCAUUCGAGCGGGCUCAAACGAUCGGUUCAGUGGCGGAGUAUUGCACCAGGUGGCCGAAGUGAUUGUCCACGAGGAGUAUGGCAAUUUCCUCAACGACGUGGCCCUGCUGCGACUGGAAACCCCACUGAUCCUGUCCAGCAGCAUUCAGCCCAUCGAUCUGCCCACCGCGGACACGCCAGCGGAUGUGGAUGUCGUAAUUUCCGGCUGGGGAAGGGUCAAGCAUCAGGGUGAUCUGCCGCGUUACCUGCAGUACAACACCUUGAAAUCGAUAUCCUUGGACAGGUGCGACGAGCUGAUCGGCUGGGGAAUUCAGAGCGAACUGUGCCUGCUCCACGAGGCGAACAAUGGCGCCUGCAACGGGGAUUCCGGCGGUCCGGCCGUCUACAACAACCAGGUGGUGGGCGUGGCCGGGUUCGUGUGGUCCGCCUGCGGCACCAGCUUCCCGGACGGAUAUGCCAGGGUGCACUUUCACAACGAUUGGAUCAGGAAGAACUCGGAUCUGUGAAGGAGAUGAAACCAAAAAGCAAUGAUACAAAAUGAUAGUUCAAUAAAACUUUGAUUGAUGAUUUAAA